CCCACACAUCCAAAGUAAAGAGAAGAAAAAACAAUGGCUGGCCCCUCUCAUCCAAAAACUCUCCCUACUUCAUCUUCUACUACAACUCCAUCAUCUUCAACCUUAAACUCCAUGAAGCUCAAAACCCUAGUACAAUCCUUCAUUUUCUCCCACUUAUACCGCGUUUUUCGCGCGCUAGCCAAGGCCAAAUCUAUCUUGUUUCAACUUGUCAAGAAUGUACAAUUAGUCCAUCUUCUUGAAUUUCCCAUGAUGAAGAAAAACAGGAAAUACAAGAACAACAAGCUUUUUCUUGGCUCAUUUAGGCUUCACUAUAAUUGGUGUUCUUCUCAUGUAAUGCCAGUGCCAGUGCCAACAGCCCUUGAGGAUUGUGCCACUGGCCAUGUUUAUUAUGAUUCUACGUGGAAUUCUAUUAUUUCUACUGCUUGUGAUGAAUCUGAGCUCUCUGGGUAUCUUCAAUGGCUUGAAGAGAAGGCUUGUGAGGAAAAUAAUGAAAAAAAUACAAAGAAUGGGAAUGAUAUUGAUAAGCUUGCUGAUAUGUUCAUAGCAAAUUGUCAUGAAAGGUUUAGGUUGGAGAAAGUUGAAUCUUAUAGGAGAUUUCAAGAAAUGUUAGCUAGAAGUGUAUGAGGCUAGCAAGUUCUACAUAAAUUUUUUUUUUUUUGGGGGGGUUGGGGGAUUGGGGGGUCAUUUUUAGAUAAUUAAUUUUCUUUCCUUUUUUAUUUAUUUAUAAUUUUCUCUCAUUUUGGAAGGUGGAGUUUUUUUAUUUCUUUUUUCUAUUAGGCCUUGUGAGAUAACAAUAGGUAGUAAGUGGAAUAGGGAGUGAGAUGGAAAAUCUCACUUUGGAUGCAUGAUUUGUUAAAUCAUGAGAUGAGAUAUAUGAGGAGGGUAUGGAGAAUUGUACAUGAUGGGGUUCUGGGAAUUGUGCAAUUCUUCUCUUUAAUUUAACAUAUGUUAAUACCUUGAAAUGUGAAAUUUAGCUUUCUCCA